AAGAGGGGGGAAAAAAAGAGGAAAAAAAAAAACCGAGGUUGCGGUGGAUGGUAAGGUGUCGGCUGGUUUCAAAGCGAGGUUUUCGUCUCCCCCUCUUCUCCUCCCCCUUCUCUGAUCGAUCCUCGCCUUCCUGGAUUUUCGAUUCCAUCACCUUUUCCGGGAUCGGAGGAAACCCUAGAUCUUGCUCGUUUUGGGUUUCCUGAUUGUUUUUUCUUCGAGAAAUCUUUAAUUUUUCGGUCGGUGUUGGAGAUCUAUUAGGGUUUUUCGUUGGAUCUUGGUGGAAUAGGAGAGGAGGUUCCGGGAUUGGGCUGGUGAUCAGCUUGAUUUGGUUCGGGUUUUGAUCUCUCUUUAAGGGUUUUUCAGAAGGGCAGAUCAGUGGUUUGUUAAAUUUGGGGAAUUUCUUCAGUUCUGACCUUUGGGGUCAAGAGGAAUUUUAGCUCAGGUGGUGGGUUUCUUUUGAGGAUCUGAUGGCAUCUCCUCCUCCGUUCCAGAUGGAGGACCAGACGGACGAGGAUUUCUUCGAUAAGCUCGUGGAUGAUGAAUUUAUUAUCGAUGGAUCUCAUUCUAAGGCUACUGAUAUGGCAAGGGAUUUGUCUAAUCUCAGCCUAGGUGACGUCGGUACCUCGUUGGAGGAUUCGGGGGAUGCUGGGUUCGCAUCUGAAGUGGAAGACCGGCACGAAAACAGGACCUUAGAGUCUUUUGAGGCUUCCAAAAAGGAUGAUUUGGAUGCAGAUGGGAGCAUGGCUUCCAAUUCUUCCGACGAUAAGGUUGCCCAAUCGGAAAGUUCUGCAGAACCUGCAAAAGAAUUCGGUUCGCAAGGUUCAUCAACAAUGAAGAGUGGAUUGAAGGGAACCACUGUGAAGGAGGUGCAAUGGAGUGCUUUCGGUGUCAACUCGCAACAAUUUGACAAUGGUGGGUUUGAGCCCUAUUUGGGCUUCUUAACGGAGAGUGCUGAUGGGUCUGCUAACAAGCUGAAAUCUGAUGCUGACCUGAAUACUAGUUUCAUAGGAAACACAGUUGAAAAUCUAAAUGCUUAUGUUGGUUCCUCUGAACAACAAGAUACCCAAUUCUAUGGCUCAAGUGACGAGCAGAUUACUGGUACAAAUGAUGCACAGCAUUGGGAGAGCCUUUACCCAGGCUGGAAGUAUGACCUGAGUACCGGGCAGUGGUAUCAAGUGGAUGGUUAUGACCCAAGCAUGACCAGACAAAUUGACAGCUACAACACGGCGAAUGAAGCCCAAGAGAGCUUUGAAGACAAUGGUCCGGCUGUUGUUGAUGGCUCUAUUUCAGAGAGAUCCGAUGUUUCUUAUCUGCAGCAAAGUGCUCAGUCAGUGUUGGAGACCAUAGCAGAAGAUGGUACAUUGAGUGGUGUUUCCAACUGGAAUCAAGUUUCUCAGGUAACUACAGAAUAUCCAUCGAAUAUGGUAUUUGAUCCUCAAUACCCAGGAUGGUAUUAUGACACAAACACCCAGCAGUGGUAUGCUCUUGAGACAUAUGCUCAGACUACACAGAUGGCGUCAAGUACAGUUCAGGAUGAGGUGAGUCAAGAUGUCCACUCUUCAGCUGGUUUCUCAGAACAGAACCAAAAUUUAUAUGAUGAAGUUGGCCAAUCUGGACAAUACCCGGUUGAGAGCCAGGUUAGCCAAGAUUUUGGAGGAGAUUGGAAUUCUUCCACAAGCAACUACAUGCAACGGAAUAUGUGGCUGCCUGAACCAACUCCUAAUAGUAAACAAGUUGGAGGUUUCCCUGGAAAUCAGCAGUUGGGGAGCUUUUACAGCUCAACAGGACAUGCAGGAAGUCAAACAAGUCAACAAACAGGUUUCAAAACCUUUGAGCCCAUUAUAAAUCAUAAUGAUGGCAGAAGUAACAGCAUGGCCAGGUCUCAGAGCUUCGUUCCUGCUGAAAGCACAUACCAGUUUAAUCAACCGAAAGUGGAGCAGAGCCUGCAGUCACAUUUAUCUAACAGUUACUAUGGCAAUCAGAACUCGUUAGGCUAUUCUCAGCAACCAUUUCAGGGUGCCAAUGCAUCUUAUUCUCAGUUCUCUUACACUCCUCACGAAGAGAGAUCAUCAGCCGGGCGUCCUGCUCAUGCAUUGGUCACUUUUGGAUUUGGUGGAAAACUCAUAAUCAUGAAAGAUGACAACUCUUUUGGCACAAAAUUGGAUUAUGGAAGCCAGGGCACUGCAGCUGGAACAGUCUCAGUUCUGAACUUAAUAGAAGUUAUCAUGGAUAGAACUGAUGCGUCCAGCACCAUUAAUGGUGGAGCCUUUGAUUACUUCCAUGCUUUAUGCCAACAAUCUUUCCCCGGACCACUUGUUGGUGGGAAUGCUGCAACAAAGGAUAUCAACAAAUGGAUUGAUGAGAGGAUUGCUAGCUGCGAAUCUCCUGGCAUGGACUUCCAGAAAGGAGAACUUCUGAGAUUACUUCUUUCAUUGCUGAAAAUAUCGUGUCAGCAUUAUGGAAAACUUCGAUCUCCUUUUGGAUCUGAUCCUUCACUAGAGGAAACUGAUGGUCCAGAAAUGGCAGUAACUAAGCUUUUCGCAUCCGCUAAAAGGAAUAGUGUUCGGCUGAGAGAGCAUGGAUCCUUCGUACAUUGUAUGCAAAAUCUUCCUUCUGAGGGACAGAUCCAGGCAACUGCAGUCGAGGUACAAAACCUUCUUGUUUCUGGUAGAAGGAAAGAGGCCCUCCAGUGUGCACAAGAAGGUCAUUUGUGGGGCCCUGCCCUUGUACUUGCAGCACAGCUUGGUGAGAAGUUUUAUGUUGACACUGUUAAGAGAAUGGCACAUCAUCAGUUUAUAUCUGGAUCGCCUUUACGUACACUAUGCCUACUUAUUGCUGGACAACCUGCAGAUGUUUUCUCUGCAGGAAGCUCCUCCAGUAGUUUGUAUGCGGCAGCAAAUUUAUAUCAACAACUUGCUGAGACUCAGGCCAGUGGCAUGUUGGAUGACUGGGAAGAGAAUCUGGCCAUAAUAACUGCAAAUAGGACAAAGGAUGAUGAACUGGUAAUAAUUCAUCUUGGAGAUUGCCUGUGGAAGGAGAGAGGAGAGGUAACUGCUGCGCAUACCUGCUACUUGGUUGCAGAGGCGAACUUCGAGUCAUAUUCUGACAGUGCAAGACUGUGUCUUAUUGGUUCUGACCACUGGAAAUGCCCUCGAACUUAUGCCAGUCCAGAAGCUAUUCAGAGAACAGAAUUAUAUGAAUACUCAAAGGUGCUUGGAAACUCACAGUUUAUCCUACUACCUUUUCAACCAUACAAGUUAAUCUAUGCCUACAUGCUGGCCGACAUGGGAAAGGUUCCUGAUUCAUUAAGGUAUUGUCAGGCAUCAUUAAAGUUGCUGAAAAAUUCUGGCCGUACUCCUGAGGUGGAAAUGUGGAAAUUGCUGUUUUCAUCCCUGGAGGAGCGGUUGAAAACCCACCAGCAGGGUGGAUACAGCACAAACUUGGCCCCAGGAAAACUUGUAGGUAAAUUUAUUACCUCUCUUGAUAGAUCCCUUCACCGCAUGAUGGGUGCACCACAAGUACCUCUGCCACCAAUGCCACAAGGCAGCGUGAAUGAUAAUGAAAUCUACUCUGGGGCCCCAAAAGUGGCAAAUAGCCAAUCAACAAUGGUCAUGUCAUCUUUAAUUCCAUCAGCUUCGGUGGAGGCCAUGAGUGAGUGGACAAGUGAUAGUGGUAGGAAGAGUAUGCACAACAGAAGCAUUUCUGAGCCAGAUUUUGGUAGAAGUCCUAAGCAGAACUCAUCAAAGGAUGCAGGCUCAGAUGGUCGUCAAAGCAAAGCGUCAGUACCAGAGGGAUCACGUUUUGGGCGCAUUGGCUCAACUCUUCUUCAGAAAACUGUGGGUUGGGUUUCAAGAUCCCACCGCCAGGCAAAACUGGGUGAACAAAACAAGUUCUAUUAUGAUCAAAAGCUUAAGAGAUGGGUUGAGGAAGGUGCUGAGCCUCCAGCUGAGGAAGCUGCCCUACCACCACCUCCAACAGCAGCAUCAUUCCAGAAUGGUAUGCCAGAUUACAACAUAAAGAACACCUUCAAAAGCAGUGAAAAUCUUGCUGCUAAUGGUGGUUCAGAGGUGAAAUCCUCAGUUCCCACAGAACGUAGUUCGGGGAUCCCACCCAUUCCCCCCAGCCAAAACCAAUUCUCAGCUCGUAGUAGAAUGGGAGUUCGAUCGAGGUACGUUGAUACGUUCAAUAAGGCUGGUGGAGCUUUGACAAACUCAUUCCAGUCACCUUCAGCUCCAUCUCUAAAGCCAGCGGCUGGUGCCAAGUUUUUCAUCCCUACGGCACCUGCAACAACUGACGAGCCAAAAACUGAAACAAUAACAGAAAGCCAAGAAACCACCAUUCAUGAAGAACCAUCUUCAUCAGUUGUAAAUGAAGCAUCAUUUUCUUCGCCGCCGUCGUCGUCAUCAUCAUCAUCCAUGCAACGAUUUCCAAGCAUGGACCAUAUUACUCCUGGAAAGAAGGGUUCUGGGGCAGCAUUCCAAAGUGGCAAUGGCCCCUUAUCACGGACUCGUGCAGCAUCAUGGAGUGGAUCUUACACGGAUGCAUUCAAUCCUAAAGUGGCUCAAACUAAGCCCGCAGGUGAUGGACAGAUUGUGCCACCAUUCUUCAUGCCCAACAACACUUCACAUACUCGUUCAAGCAGCAGCUCGUCUGUACAGCUUAAUGUUGGAUCUCUGGGGGAUGAUCUUCAUGAGGUGGAACUUUGAUGCAUGGCAUUUUUCGCAACCCUCGCAGACCCUAUCCCAAAAGUGGGCAGUAGGAGAGUUGACUUCUACCGAAUUAUGGUGAGAUACCUACUGCCUGCGCCACCCCAAAAUGUUGUAUUACAUACAGUCCAGAUUUUGGAUACCUGGCAUAUAUGUAUUCCCAAUGUCAAACUGGUGUCCUUUUACAUGAAAGCAUGUGGAUGCCAUUGUACAGAUAAUUUGUUGAUUUAUUGAAGAUAGAAAUCCCAUAUUGUUUUGAAGAAGGGGCAUACAAAAAGAGACCGUAGAGCAGUCCUGAGAAUUUGACAUUAGUUCCAUAUUCUUGAAGGGAAGCAGCACAAAUAGGUAG